CAGGAGCUACACACUUCAAAUAUUUUUUUUUCCGAGAAUCCUAAAUUACAGCCUUAACCACCAUAAACAUUUAGGAGUUUUACUUUCGCUGUACAUUUGUGUAUAGAAUUAUUGAUAUGUAGAUUAUGUGGUGCUGCGCUUCUCCUGCCAAACGCACACACAUGUCAGAAGGGAAGACGGAGUAAGAAAUAAAACAAAACAAAACAACAACAAAGUUCGCAGACAAAUUUUUGGAGUUUAAAGUAAAGAGGCUAGUAUUCUCUGCAUCAAGCGUCUGAGCACGAGCGAGAAGGACGUCUGCGAAGAAAGGACAGAAAAGUUUCACAACAACGAGUAUCCUGUCUUAAUGAUGCACUGAGGAAUGCCCAGUUGUCAUGAAACCUCAAUUCCAGACCAGUUCUGCAACAGAGAAGAGAAUGGAGAACAUUGUAGGCACCAGUAGUGCAUCCACUCGUGCAGACAUCAGUGAGAAGGCUGUGGCCUCCAGCACUACAUCCAAUGAGGAUGACCGUUCUGGUUCACCAUAUCACCAUGAGAGGCGUAACACCAUUAGUGCGCAGACUGAUGUUGUGAACACAUCAGGAAAAGUCAGUGAAGAGCCAUCCACCUCUACAGAAGAACGUCCUCCACUGGUAAAGAAAGAAUUUCAGAGCUCUCUGCCCCGCUUGGCAGACCACACCCUGCCCUAUCGUGGAACACUGUUUGCCAUGGAUCCUCGUUCUGGAUAUCUGGACCCUCACUAUACUGCACCACAGUUCUUUCCUGCUUUUCAUCAUCCAGUACCAAUUGAUGAUAGACACACACAAGGCCGAUACAUUUACGAACCCUCGCCAGUACCAUCACUACACAUGCCUCCUGCACUGGCAGCAAGCCCGACAUUUUCUGAUAUCUCCCUCAUCCGGAUCUCACCGCACCGGAACCCUUCAAUGGGGACAGACUCACCCUUUAACCCUUCACAUCCUUACAUUAACCCCUACAUGGACUACAUACGCUCCUUGCACAGCAGUCCCUCUUUGUCCAUGGUCUCUGCUGCCAGGGGCCUUAGUCCUGCAGAUACACAUCACACAGGUUUAACCACAGCGGAGUACUACCACCAAAUGGCCCUGCUUGCAGGUCACCGCAGCCCGUAUGCUGACAUCAUUCCCUCAGUGGGGUCCACAACAGGACCUGCAAGCAGUGCCCUGCAUAUGGAGUACCUGCAGGCUAUGGAAAGUUCUAGAUUUCCUAGUCCUAGGCUGAUAAACCGGCCCAGCAGGAAAAGACCCAUUCCCAACUCUCCUUCCUUGUCUGACCCCAGUUUUGACUUGCAGGCCAUGAUUCGCACCUCUCCCAACUCUUUAGUCACUAUCCUUAAUAAUUCCCGCUCUAGCUCAUCCAACAGUGGAUCUUAUGGACACCUAUCUGCUGGAACUAUCAGCCCUGCUUUGAGUUUUGGAUAUCCUCCAACACCUGUAGCACUGCAAAUGCAUCAGCAGCUAAUCAGUCGACAACCAGGCAUCGUAGGAUCUGCAUUUGGACACAGUCCACCACUCAUACACUCAGCACCUGCAUUUUCAACCCAGAGACCUGUUCCUGCCAUCCAAACCUCCAGCCUGGCACCUACAGAACGUUCCAUAGUCUCAAAUGACUCACAGAGUAAACCCACAAGUGAGUCGGCUGUGAGCAGCACAGGGGACCCCAUGAACCAUAAAAGGUCCAAACUCAAACCUGAAGAAGAACCACCCAGCCCCAGAGCCGUUAGCAUGCAGGAGCAAAUGAAUGGAAUGACUCUGGUGAAGGAAGAGGGCGAUAAAGAGGAGGGCAAGCAGGAGCCAGAGGUAGUGUACGAGACUAACUGUCACUGGGAUGGUUGCUGCAGAGAGUUUGACACCCAAGAGCAGCUUGUGCAUCACAUAAAUAAUGACCACAUUCAUGGAGAAAAAAAGGAAUUUGUGUGUCGCUGGGAGGAAUGUUCAAGAGAGCAGAAACCCUUUAAGGCCCAGUAUAUGCUGGUGGUUCACAUGCGCAGACACACAGGAGAGAAGCCACAUAAAUGCACGUUUGAAGGCUGUUCAAAGGCAUAUUCCAGAUUGGAGAACCUGAAAACACAUUUGCGUUCCACAUACAGGAGAGAACCAUAUGUAUGUGAACAUGAAGGCUGCAACAAAGCCUUUUCGAAUGCAUCUGACCGAGCCAAACACCAGAAUCGCACACACUCUAUGAGGUCAAAACCCUAUGUGUGUAAAAUUCCUGGUUGCACUAAGCGGUACACUGACCCCAGCUCCUUAAGGAAACAUGUUAAAACUGUUCAUGGUCCUGAGGCCCAUGUCACCAAAAAACAACGUGGGGAGACAUACCCACGACCGCCACCUCAACCACGAGAACCUGGAGCAACCACUGACCAAAAGGAGUAUACCCAUGCUACCUCAAAACAGGAAGAAUGUCUGCAAGUCAAGUCAAUCAAAACAGAGAAGCCCAUGACGUCUCAGUCAAGCCCUGGCAGUCAGUCUUCAUGCAGCAGUGACCAGUCCAUCAACGGCCCCCAUAUCAGCCAGGGAGUCCAGCUUACUGUGAACAGUAUUGGGCUUGCGGGGGAGGUGGCAGUACUUGAGGACAUGGAAAAUGAAGAGGAGGAUGAGGAGAACAGAGAAGGAGAUAAGGAGGAUGCCCCCAUUAUGGACUCUACAGUAUCCACUGCAACAUCCACUGCGGCAACAAUAGUUUUGCAGACUCACCGAAGUGUUGGACGGCCCCUACGCUGGAUGGAGCAUGUUAAGAUUGAGAGGUUACGGCAGGUGAAUGGAGCUGUGCCUAGGCUAGGAUUCCUGCCUCCAACACCGCCCCCUAAAAGCCAGGCCAUGCCUACCCUCACAGGAAAGGGUCAAUGCCUUGGGAGGAGUACUUCUGUGAGGGUGCCUCCAUGCCCUGAGCCGUCCAACACAGAGCUGACAAUUCUGAGUUUGCUGCAUGAACGACGGGACAGUAGUGGCAGCAACACUAGCUCAGCUUACCUGAGCAGCAGCCGUCGAUCUGGCAUUUCCCCCUGCUUCUCCAGUCGCUGUUCUAGCCAGACUUCACUUUCAGAGUACAGCCCCCAUCGACAUAUCCAUAAUCUCAGUGCCACUGAUUCUUAUGACCCUAUUUCCACUGAUGCCUCUCGACGCUCCAGUGAAGCCAGCCAGUAUGAUGGGGGAAGUUCAAGUGCAGUGGUGUUUGGUGGAAGUGUAGUUUUUAAGGGCAGUGGUAUGGGAUCAAGAGGGGAUCUGAACCUCACUCCAGCUCAACACUAUAACCUAAAGGCCAAGUAUGCAGCUGCAACAGGUGGACCUCCUCCCACACCCUUGCCCAGUAUGGGGAAUAUAAGCCUAAAGACUCACUUGGCUUUGAUGGAAGACAGAAAGAACACCGACCAGCUUACACUACCACCACUGGUCAGGUCACGUCGCUGUAGUGAUGGUGCACACAACUUGCAUGACAGUCAAGAAGUGUAUCAACGAAAGGGAACAUACUCUGGUGGUGGUCCAGGGAAAAAUGAUCGAAGAGCUAGUGAUCCUACACAUCACAAACAAAAUGUUAGUUCUUAUGGCUUGCCACAAGUACGACAUUUCAGUAGUGUAAACAAUAUGACUUCAUCACCAUAUCCUGCUAGUUAUGGUUACUCAAACAGAGAAGAUCACGGUCUAAACCUACAGAAUUACACUUGUCAAGUAGAUAGCUUUCAGAGUGAUCUGCACUCCCCUUGUCCUCCUAGCAUCAUGGAGCAAUCCACACUUGAGAACGUUUCCAUGAGCCAGGAUGGUCUUUUGUUACAUGUCAAUAAAAACAUCCAGCCUGACUUCAUGCAGUAUCUCCAUUCCCAAUCAAUAAAUAACCAAGACAACCAAAGGCCUAUUAUCAGUCCCGCAGAUAACCAGAACUUCCUCAGUCCACGACAGCAACAAAAAGGGGUAGAGCAAGAAGACACUAGUAUAGAUCUGAUGCCUAUCCAGUCGAAUGAAGUGAGCUCUGGUAGUGCUGAUGUUACUAUUCCAAGGCAGCAGUUUCAGAGGUGUGGCAGAUGGUCAGACCAGAGCUCAGUAAGCAAUCCCUUUGGUCGAUUUGGAAACAUGGUUGUACAACAGCAGCAUAUAGAUUUCAUUGAUCAGCACUCAGCUCUUCAACACAUGGCAGAUUUAAGCUAUGGCUGCAGAAAUUCAGAGCAGCAUCUACAAGUAGCAAAACCAGUCCAAGAGAAGUCCAGGUUGAAAACAGGCAUUAAGACUGAGUCUUUCUCAACCUUCCAACUGGAAUCAAAACACAGCAACUUUGGUCGACCAGACUUCUCUCAUAUUUUUUCAGCCCCCAUUCAUCAGAAAUGUUCCCAACAUACAGCUGUAUCCCAAUCUCAUCUCCAGCAAAAUCAAAUAACAAAUCAAGUCAGCAGCAAUCUGUUAUUGCAAAGACCAGGUAACUGCAGCUUACUACUGGCUUACCGGCCUCAGCCAGCUGUCAACACUUCCUACUCCACUAGGCAGGAUAUGAACAGCCAUAAUGUACAAUUAUGCCACCCACAAAGCUUGAAAAAUGGACUAGGCACCAAUUGUUCACUUUCAAAUCAGGUUUCCGUUGUGAAGCUUGAUCAAGUUGAUCACCUUCAAACCAACACUUGCUCAUCAAUUCAGCAACAAAAGCCUGUGUUCAUUGACAACUGUUUUGACCCAGAAGAGUCCAAGAUCUCUCACAACAUAGUACAGUCAUGUCUAAUGGAAUCAUUGAUGGCAGAGAAAGAAAGAAUUUCUGAAGUUCUUCUGUCAUCUGGGGUUAAUCAGGUGACUAGCACAGUAGAAAGAAUCCCAGCUGAUAAUGUUGGUUUAGGAAUUUGUUCCAUUGUUGAUGAUAGUUAUGAGCAGGGCAGCGUAGUAUCUGGCAUGACUUCCUCUCGACUGAGUAAUUCUCAUGCUUCCUCUGCAUUUCACGGUGUGAAUAUAGGCACAAACAACAUGGCUAUCAGUGACAUGAGCUCCCUCCUCACCACCCUCGCUGAAGAGAGUAAAUUUCUGGCAAUCAUCCAGUAGUCUGAACUGCCCCACCAAAACAAAAAAAUGUUUUAUAGUUAACAUAAAUUUAACAGACUUGUGCAUGUAAAGAUGUGGGAUGAGAAAAAAAGCCUUAUGAACACUGUUUAACAGGCAAUGUUGAUAAAAGAGUUGCUACAGACUCUAUUUUGAUGGGGGUUUUUUUCGUCUUCCUAGAAGAUGAUCAUGACCGAAAGAGGCACCAAUCUUUUUUGCCUCAGUUUUCUUUGUUGAUUUUGCUCCUAUUAAGUUCUUUUGCACUGUUGUUACAAGUGCAUGCCAUUUUUCUUAAAUACUAAAUUGUGCAUAGUUUUCACUAAACUGAGUAGGUUAACUCAUUGUGUACCUUUAUUUUAGAGUGCUUUACAAAUUACUAAGAAGGUGUAAAUACACACAGACACGACUGUCAACAAGUUAAGACAGGGUUAAAUAUUUUUACAGGGAAAAAAAUCAUGUUUACUAAUGUUGUAGUGAUUUCAGCUUUAACAAAUUUUGUUUUGGCCAAUUUUCACACCAUCACUAGAAAGAGGAACAUUUUGUAAUGUGAGCAACAAAUCAUCUAGAGCUGAUAUAUCUGUAUCUUUACUAUAUUGCUAUAACUUUGUAAAUAUUUUUUCUUUGUUUACCAUAAUAAUUUACAUUUUACAUAUUUUUUAUAUAACAGUUAAUGACUGGGGUCAAUGUUAAGCAGUACUUCAUGUGACAUAUGUCAAGAAAAAAAAAUAUCUGUGAUCAUUUUAGUAAGGUCAAUGUUUUGGUUAUUGCACAGAUGAUUUGGAAUUUGGGAACAAAAGAUGUUGUUUAAUGUGUAAAUUCAUGUUUAAAUUUAUCUAAAUAUGUCAGUAAUUUUAUUUGUUAUUUUGUAAGAGUCGGUAGUGUGCUGUUUUUGUCACAGCAGUGCAGUAAAUAUAUAGUAAGAUGUCACGUAUACCUUGACUUUUUAGAUCAACUUGUUGUCUGUCUACACAUUUAUGAUUACAUAAACAAAAUUCAAAUUUAUAUACACAAUGGCACAUCAAGAGCAAAAAGCGUUUUAAGCAGUAUUAAAACAAUCUGCAAUGUCUAACUGCAUUUGUACAGUUUUUUAAAGAUGUACUCUAGCAAUUAGGUAAUGUUUUUGUACAGUUAUUUCUGCAGUCGUAUUACAGUGACUUUUAUUUUAAUCACAAAAGUGGUAUGACCCAUUCCAAUAGGACACGAUCAGAAGGUUUACGCCUAAGGUAUGUGCCUUAUUUAUGCCUGUCCAUACAAAAUAAUCACUGCCGUUUUACUUUUUUACGCAAAUUAUAGAAAAACAAAAAGGGAGGAUUCCUAUGACUUCAUGUUUUGGUUGGGCAUUGAGAAAUGUUACAUGUAAACAUUGUUGUUUCUGUUGUUGAUUUCUUCAAGCUUGUAAAUGCAUAUUAAUUCGGUACACUGUAGUCAGAAUAGUUUGCAUCUGGAGUCAGAAUUAGAAAAAAAUAUAUAUCUUCCUAAAUAUCUUAUUCUAUAAAGCAGGAAUCUCUGUGUUUUGUCCUACAUUUAAACAAGGAAAUUAAAAUAGAGUCAUGGUGCCUAGCACUUUUAAACUGGGAACAACUCUUAAUGCUUUUUUAUAUAAGAUUACGACAAUUGUUUGUAUGGUUUUAAUAAAAAAUAAAAACAUUUAAAUUACAUGAUUA